UCGAUCAGUUUUGACACUUUCUUUCAUUCUGAAAUUUGUGUGGUUUUUCUACAGGACAGCGCAUUUUUUAGAGGGCGUGAGGCUUCAUUUACACUUUGUAAUGUCUACCUGCUCAACUGUCCACCUUACUUUACCUCAGUGGGACGGAGGGUCUCGAAAAAUCCGCUUUAUUUACUUGCUAAACCCGACAUCAUUCAGACUGACAGAGUGCCCCAACCAGAGUCCUGCUGUUCCUCUUUAUUUAGGAGCUGAUCUCUUCUCCAACACAGACAUCCGCACAGAGAACCAUCCAAGACACCAUGCCAAGUUUGCCAAGAAAGGAUUGGCAACAAAGAUCCAGUUCUCCUCAGCUUUCAGGUUCCACGGGUUGAAGGUGCCAACUGUAAAUAACAGCCUGUGGUUCUACAGCGUUCAGGGGCUUUUUCGAGUAGCCUUUGAAAUGUACAGUAAACAGGAGCAGCUCGCUGUGCUAGAAAACUAUCAGGAUGUUUGGAAAUCACAGAUCAAUGCCAGCCCUCUGAAAACGAGUUACAGCCUGAGUGUGCAGCUGGAUUUAACACCUUCUAGCAGCUUUUACGAUGCACAAUCAAGGCACGAAAUGCCACAGCUUCAGCUGUGCCAUGCACACCAGGGGUCUAUGGAUGUAUGCAGCAGUGACAAAGGUGACACAUCAGCAGAUCAUGAUUAUUGCAGUCUUUCAAAGCAGACUUUGCACACUGAGGAAUGCAGUGAAGUUCAAUCCACAGUGAGACAAAAGCUGCAGGACUUGAAUGACAAACUCUCUCAAAGCUGCAUGGAGCAUCUUGAGACUAUCCUGCUGCUUUUAGAGAUGGUUAAUCAGUGUAUUAAUGGGAACCUGGAAGAAAAAGAUGUGAAAGAAACUGUGUUAGCCCUGCUGAAAGCCAAAGACUGGGGAUGUGUAUAUUCCAGCUCAUUGCUUUGCUGUAUUGGACGCUGGCUUGGACAGCAGUUUCAUGCAGCCAACAACAGCAUCAGUCACAGAGUGGAGGGCUUUAAAGUUCAUCACAUUGAGAGAAUCAGUGACUUGCCUCCUGCAGAGGAGCUAGCCACAGAACUGUUCCCUGAAGCCAUGCAAACACUGCUGCUACACUGGAUGGGACUGAGUGAGGAGUCAACCCUGGAGAAGAGACACAGCGAGUACCCGAUUCUGCUUCUAAUCCUCGAGUUCGCAAACCACAACCUCAUCACUGGAGUGGCUCAUGUGCUGUACUCCAGUCUAAUAUGUAAAUAGACCCAUGAAGGAGAGAAACAGAAAGUCUUACAAUUCAAAUAAAGUUCUAAUAAAUUUGUAUUUUUUUAUGCAGUGUACUUGCUAUGAAGCUACUAUUGUUGUAAAAGUAUUUACAAAUAUGUACAAAGAUCUGUGCACAAAUCUGCAAUAGGCAGAUUUGAAAAUACAUGCACAAAUCCACAAAUGUGUGUACAGAUCUGCAAAUUUGUACAAAGAUCCACAAAUGCGUGCACUAAUCUGCAAAUAUGUAGACCAAUUUUUAAUUGUGGAAUUAGUUCAUUUUGGUUCAUAAAACUCACUCUUUUUUGCUUCAAGUUGUGAAAAUCCUUCCAAGCCAUCAGUUACAACUGAAAUCUGCCUCUCAAUUGGCUGUUACACACGUGACUUUUGCAACAUGCAGGCUUACAGGCAAGGCUGCCUUCCUCAUCGCAUAGGCAUCACACAGAAGGCAGCAGUUAAGCCUUAGUAAAUGCUCUAUAUAAUGUCAAUGUGAAGGAGAAUUAUUACUGUAAUGUACUAUUUUUCAUAUUUUCAUAUUUUCAUUGAAAAAGUGAAGAAAAUGACUUCCUUUCCUCCAAAAUCUCAUCACAGCUGUGGUGAAAUUGUCAUCUCUGCUAGACAGGGGUUCAUUGUGUUCUGUUUUUCAAACAGAAAUCACCAUUAUGACGCUAUAUGAGCCGGGUGAUGGUUAGCAGGAAGAUCGAUAGAGUGGUCUGUAACAUUUAUAUUCAUAUUAAAGGGGACAUGUUAUGCAAAAAAUCACUUUUUCUGGCUUUUCUAACAAAAAUAUGUGCCCCUGGCCUGUCCACAAUCCCCUGAAGUACCAGAAAAGUCCAUUGCUUCCUCCCCUCUCAUUCUCCACCUUUCAGAAAAUGCAUGCUAAAAUAAGCUGUUCUCAGAUUUUCCACUCAUGAUGUCAUUAGGGGAGUUAGCACCGCCCCCAGGUUAGGUUUUCCCUCCCCACUUCGAAGAAAGUUCUACCCUCCUCUCCUGAUCUUUCUCUCAGCUGGCAGCCACAUCCAUUUCCUGAGAGGGGUGUAGUCAGGGGCGGAGUCAGACAGCUCAUUAGCAUUUAAUGCCACAGAUACAGAAACAGCUUGUUCUGAGCAGGGCUGAAACAGAGGGGUAUUUUAGACAUACGAAAUCCAGUUCUGGAGUGUUUUUUCAGCAACAGACUUCACAGGUAUGUUUU